AUGGUCAUCAGUGCGGUAAAGAGUUUGAGCGAUAACGAAGGCUGCGGAAACAACCAACAUUUCUCACAAAGUGAUAGGCUGAAAGGUUGCACUUGUCACUAUUUGUUGUCCUGCAGCUGUCAUGUUCUAUCACUCGGUUAGAUGAUCCUGUCAGGUCUAUGUUCCUGUUUGAAGGUGGUUGGAUACUCAACAUUAUAUCAACUGCAGUGGACCAGAGACAGAGCUCAUAGAGGUACCAGGUGAAGUCACACAUCAGAGCUACUAACCAACUACUUGUCAGUACAGUUGGAAUCAUACAGUAGAUAUUACCAUUACAAGUCAGUUAGAAAGGUUAUCAAACAGUUAGUUAAGAUGGAUGACUACGUCAACAAAGAGGUUGUUGAAAUUGACAAGGUUAUUGAAGAAAACCAGAAUGGAGCAAUGAGGAGAGUGACAACUGAGACACAUCCCUCAGGACCUGACGGUUCAGGGAGAAGACUCUACGGGAUGGUUGCUGUAAGCUUUGGGAUGCUGUGUGUUAUACAAGUCGCUCUCAACAUCUCCCAUCGACUAGAAUCAGACUGUCUGACUGAAGAGAGAGACCAGCAACAGAGGGAGAAAGAUGAUUUUAUGGAAAAGUUCUCUAAUCCGGGCUGGAACAAGUUUGACUCCUGUUGGUACUUCGUCUCUUCUGAGAGAAAAACCUGGAGUGAGAGCAGACAGGACUGUGUGGAGAGAGGAGCAGACCUGGUGAUCGUAAACAGCAGAGAGAAACAGAGAUUUCUAUUUGCCCUCAACAAGAGAGCCUGGAUCGGUCUGACUGACAGAGAGACUGAGGGGUCCUGGAAAUGGGUUGACGGCACACCACUGGUAACAAGGUACUGGACAAUCGACCAGCCUAAUAAUGGUGGAAGUGUUUCAACCUUUCCGGGGGAGGACUGUGCUGUACUAAGAAAAGGACAAGACCAGCCUGAAAAUACAUGGAAUUAUAUAAAUUGUGCAGUAAAAAGUAUCUGUAUUUGUGAGUUGUGUAACAAUAACCUCCUGUAACUACCCAUCCACCAUCUCCCCUUCUCUCUCUCUAUGACUCUCUCUGACUCGCCCUCUCUCAUUCUGUCUCCAUCCUUACUUGUUUGUUUCAUUCUGAACAUAUGAAUAAAAUUCCCAUUUACUUCCUGGGAUGCAUUA